AUGGCGGUGGCCACUUAUCCCAGCAAGCAGUUGAAACUGUUCUUGAUCUGCCUGGAUAUUAGUGAAAUAACAAUCAGCCUAGACGUUGACAGUCCCGAUGAUUACAUUCACACUCUCGGAGCAACACACUGGGGAUAUUGGGGGUUAACAGAGGCCUGUGCAAAUGGUUCUUACGCCUAUGGAUUUGAAAUCAAGGUGGAACAAGAACAUGGGGCCUUCGAUGACGACACCAGCAUGAACGCCAUCCAGCUCUUCUGCCGCACGAAGGAGGGAACUCACACCGGUGAAGUCACUUCCUCCACGAUGGGAUUCGGUUCUUGGACUGGCUCCCAUCAUUGUCACAGCGGAUACCUCAUCGGAUAUGACUUGAAAGUUCACCAAGACGCCGGUGCUCUGGGGGACAACACUGCCGCCAACGGACUGAAGAUGUGGUGCUCAGGGGACACGGAGCCUCUCGAAGCACCGGGAAACCACUGGGGUCAUUACAUUGGAAAGUCGGCUUGCCGGCCUGGGAUGGUUAUAUGCGGUCUCAUGACUCGCGUCCAGGAAGAGCAGGGUGCUCUCAGUGAUGACACGGCUUUAAAUGAUGUCAAGUUCCUUUGCUGUGAUCUCUAGUGAACCGAUAGGAUGAGAACUGUUUGGUUUUCAUAUUUCGACUUUGUCUUCGUUCAGCAAAAUCCAGCUAACUGUUCGUCUGUGCAUUCAUGAAAUUGAUGGUUUAAACAUCAAUCCCAGGGGUCACUAAUUA